CAUAAGAUGAUGUCCAAGAUUAAAGAGAUUACUGGAAGAUUGGAAGGUUUAGCCACUAGAAAGAGUAACUUGGAGCUAAGGGAAAUCACUUAUCAUGUUGGAAGGCCCAUGACAAUCCCAAGAAGGCUGCCAAGUACUUCUUUGGUGAACGAAGCUAAUGUACUCGGCAGAGACAAAGACAAGAGGGCAAUACUUGAUUUGCUGUUGAGGAACGAUGGCAGUGAUGCUGGAGUUUAUUCUGUGACUCCCAUCGUUGGCAUGGGAGGGAUUGGGAAAACAACCCUUGCUCAACUUGUUUACAAUGAUGACAGCAUAAAAGAUUAUUUUGAUCUUAGAGCAUGGGUUUGUGUUUCUGAUGAAUUUGAUAUCAUCAGGAUAACAAAGACAAUUCUCCUGUCAAUCACCUCCGAAGCAUGUGAUAUGAAUGAUUUGAAUUUGCUUCAAGUCAAAUUAAAGGAGAUGCUAUCGAAAAAGAAACUCUUUCUUGUUUUGGAUGACGUUUGGAACGACAACUACAACGAUUGGUUAACGCUUCGAUCUCCUUUUGAUGCAGGGGAACCAGGAAGCAAAAUAAUUGUCACAACACGUAGUUCCAAAGUUUCAUCAAUUAUGACAACUGCCGCAGACUAUUCAUUGCAAUGCUUAUCAGAAGAAGAUUCUCUCAGAAUGCUUGCUCAUGACGCAUUAGAAGGAGAGGAUUUUACAGGGCAUCCAGACUUGAAAGAUAUUGGCUUGGAGAUCUUGAAGAAGUGUGACGGUUUGCCUUUGGCAACAAAAACCAUUGGAGGACUAUUGCGCACAAAGGUUAAUCGUGAUGCAUGGAAAGUUAUAUUAGAGAGUGAUAUUUGGAAUCUGCCUUAACAUGGAAGUGACAUAAUUCCUGCUCUAUGGUUGAGUUACUAUUAUCUUCCUUCACAAUUAAAGCAAUUUUUUGCUUAUUGCUCUCUGGUCCCUAAAGAUUAUGAAUUUGGUGAGGAAGAAAUAGUUCGAUUAUGGAUGGCUGAAGGUUUUCUCAAUGGACCAGAAACUAAAGGGCAAAUUGAAGAUUUGGGCAACCAGUGUUUUGAAGAACUGGUAUCAAGAUCAUUCUUUCAAGUAUCAAGCAUGGAUGAAUCUCUAUUUGUAAUGCAUGACCUGAUUAAUGAUCUAGCUUAGUUCGUUGGAGGAGAAAAUUAUUUUAAAAUGGAAAGAAAUGAGGAAAUGAAGCACCCAAGUCACGCUUGCCACUCCUCUUAUAUGAUAGGCCACUAUGACAACAUCAAAAAGUUUGAGUCCCUUUUAGAAGCCAAGUCACUACGGACGUUCUUACCCUUUAAGAUGCUGGGGACGUAUGAGUGCUUCUUAAGCAAUAACGUUCUUAAUGAUUUACUGCCGAGAUUGAAAUGCUUGAGGGUGCUCUCUUUGAAAAGGUACCGCAUCACUGAAAUACCAGAUUCCAUUGGAAAUUUGAGACAUUUGUGCUAUCUAGAUUUGUCUUAUAAUUACAUGAAAGGUCUCCCUGAUUCAAUAUGCGCCCUUUAUAAUUUAGAGACUCUUUUAUUAAGGCAUUGUCGGUGGAUUGAGAAGUUACCCACAAAAAUAGGAAUCUUAGUCA